CGGGGCGGUGAGGGGCGGGGGAGCCGCGCCGCCGCUCCUCCUCUCCUCUUCUUCCUCCCGCAGCCGCCCCUGCCCGUCGAGGCAGCGCUCCCAGGCUCCCCCGGGGCGCUCGGCAUGAGGAGAAUCAGGGCUAAUGCCAUCGCCAUCCUGACUGUCGCCUGGAUCUUGGGCACUUUCUACUACUUAUGGCAGGACAACAAGCCCCGCUCGGCGGCUGCCGGCAGGUCCGCCGGAGGCGGUAGCGGCGGCGCCCGGAGCGGGCAGAGGGCGGCCGGCAGGCUGGAGCUGCGCCGGGAGGAGAGGACCAUCCCCCUCAUCAUGACGAGGGCUCCCCCAGCAGAGAAGAGUAGCCGGCGGGCUUUUGACGAGAAGGCUUACUUGUCCUCCAAGGUGCUGAAGGCUGGAGAAGACCCCUACCGCCAGCACGCUUUUAACCAGCUGGAGAGCGACAAACUCAGCAGCGACCGGCCCAUCCGGGACACCAGGCACUACAGGUGCACUUCUGUACGCUAUGACACUGACUUGCCAGCCACCAGUCUCAUCAUCACCUUCCACAACGAGGCACGAUCUACCCUGCUCCGCACGGUGAAGAGUGUUCUGAACCGCACCCCUCCCAGUCUCAUCCAGGAGAUCAUUUUGGUAGAUGACUUCAGCUCAGAUCCUGAGGACUGCCAGCUCCUUACCAAGAUCCCAAAGGUCAAGUGUCUACGAAACACCCAUCGAGAAGGGCUGAUUCGCUCUCGGGUGCGAGGAGCUGAAGUGGCAACUGCUGACAUCCUCACCUUCUUGGACAGUCACUGUGAAGUCAACAGUGAGUGGCUGCAGCCAAUGCUUCAGAGAGUGAAAGAGGAUUAUACCCGAGUGGUGAGUCCAAUCAUUGAUGUUAUCAGCCUGGAUAAUUUUGCCUACCUGGCAGCAUCAGCAGAUUUGAGGGGAGGGUUUGACUGGAGCCUUCACUUUAAGUGGGAACAGAUUCCUAUAGAGCAGAAGAUGUCCAGAACAGACCCAACUCAGUCUAUAAGAACCCCUGUCAUAGCAGGAGGCAUCUUUGUGAUUGACAAGUCCUGGUUUAACCACCUGGGAAAAUAUGAUACUCAAAUGGACAUCUGGGGAGGAGAAAAUUUUGAGCUCUCUUUCCGAGUGUGGAUGUGUGGUGGCAGCUUGGAGAUUGUUCCCUGCAGUCGAGUGGGACACGUAUUCAGGAAGCGCCAUCCCUAUGACUUUCCGGAGGGCAACGCACUGACUUACAUCAAGAACACCAAGCGCACAGCAGAGGUGUGGAUGGAUGAAUACAAGCAGUACUACUAUGAGGCCCGGCCAUCAGCCAUUGGCAAGUCGUUUGGAAGUGUUGCAGACCGGGUGGAGUUGCGACACAAACUGAAGUGUAAAUCCUUCCAGUGGUAUCUGGAGAAUGUCUACCCUGAGCUCAAGAUUCCUGAAAAAGAGUUGAUUCCAGGAAUAAUUAGACAAGGAGAAAACUGUCUGGAGUCUCAGGCACAGGAUAUCACAGGGAAUGUGCUGGCUGGCGUGGGAAACUGUAAAGGGACGGUGAACAAUCCACCAGUCACUCAGGAGUGGAUAUUCAGUGACCCUUCAAUUAGACAGCAGGACAAGUGUCUUUCCAUUGCCUCCUUCUCUACUGGUUCUCAAAUCACACUGGAAGCUUGCAAUCAAAAAGAUGGCAGACAGAAGUGGAAGAUGAAAGGCAGUUUCAUUCAACACUUUGUCAGCGGUCUCUGCCUGGAAAACCAGACUGGAAGAGUGGUGACCAGCCCCUGUCAAGCAGGUGUACCUGGCCAACAGUGGGAGCUGUUACAAGCAACAUGAUGGUAGCACAGAGAUCUCCUUGUUUCUUUGUGCAUGAGACUUUGGGAGCAGAGGGGGAUCAGGAAGGGAGGAAUGGUUUUGUAUGUCUGACCCUAAAUGUUUUCAUUGUGCUCAUCAGUAAGCCACCACUUCAGCUGAGCACUUGAUGUUUUUGAGGUUUUCAGAGAAGAAGCUGGGGGUGAGAGGAAUCAGGACAGUUGUCAAAAUCUUCCCAUCUCUUGUCUUAAGUUCUCCUUUGUAGCUGAUGUCUGCACAGCUGCAUCUAGAGAUGGAGGAGGACCCAGCCCAAUACUUGCAGCUCUCCCCAUUCUUUCCUUUUUCUGUAUCCAGAGUCCACAACCUUCAGACCAGCAGCUUAGGAUAUGCUUGUACAAACAUUGGUAGCUCUUUGGCUUUUUGCUCUAACAUUCUGCAUCGUUCAUGUAUAUGUCUCUCAGUGAGGACUGGCCAGGAGAGUCAUCAUGAUCAGUGGAAAGGCUGGGAAGGAGCUAGCAGAUCCUGGGGGCAGGUUUGUCACCUCUCUUUGGUGGGCCCAUUCCUUCCUCUGCUCACAGAAGCUGCCCUACAGCCAAAUGUGCUGAAGUUGGGCAGAGAGAUAUUGGAAAGGGACGAUCUGUUUUACCAGCCUAACCAGGGAUUGUUUCAGGGACUAUUCCCUGAAACUCUCCCUUCCAGCUUUUUUAUGUGUGUAAGGUCAGCCCUACCUCCAAGAGUGGCCAAAUCCUGCAGGUUCAGGGUACCAUGUUCUGCUGGAGCCAGUCAGAGACAGGUGCCAACACUUGGGCAUGUUAGGGAAGCUGGGACUGUUCUCUGGCUGCUCUUCCUGGUGCUACCAGCCACUUCCCACUGCAGCCCACACCAAAGGUGGUGCACAGAGCUGCAUGGGCAGCACACACAGACAGAGGUGCUGCACAUGGCUCAGGGUGUGGCAGGAGCCCACCCUGACCCCCACUGUGAGAGACAGAAGGGGACAGGCCCUAGGUCAUAGCAGACUUCUUGCUGCUGGCUGGGCAGGCCACAGUUCUCACGCUUGUCUCUCCAGCUCUGCAUAGAGCCCCUGUGAACAGAGCCUGGCACGACAAACUACCCACUCUCCUGUACAGUUGCUUUUCCUUCUCUCUUUGAGAAAGACAAGGCAAAAGGGUUGGGGCUGCUCUACUUUUGACACCCCUCUCACUUCCCAGUCAGCAACUUGGGGAGAGGUUAGCUGGUGAAGCUGGAACUGCCCCCUGUACAAAUGCUGCCACAGUGUAGGCCUGCCCUGAGAGAGGCUCCUUUGUGUUCUGGAAAUACCAAAGACACUGGUGGUCUCUAGCUAGCAUCCCAAUCCUGCUCCCAGUUACCAGUCAGCUCUAGCUGCAUCUAGGUUUUCAAACCUGCCAAGGGAUGCUUACCUAUUCAAAUAAAGUCCCCACAACCUGA